GUUCCCGCUGUGAGGUGAAAAAAUCAAACCCGUGAAAACAUCUGCCGAAGCUAGAGCGGGGAGAAGCGAGGGCAGAGCCAUUGGUUUGAUUUUCACACCUCCGGUCCUACAGUUCUGUGUAGUGUGCGCUGGAGCAGGAUCACCAUAGUGACUGUAUCGGCAACCUGCAGCCUCUCAGUCUCGGAGGCGGAACGUAAACGAGGUGAUACCGGAAACCGGGUAGAUGGUGGAGCGCUAGAAUACUGGGAUGAGCCGGAAGUAGGAAGAGAUCCAAGCGUGAUUCUACUGGGUGUAUAGAUUCUUUCCCCAAUAAGUGUCGGUGCUUUGAUGACUGUGAGUGGGCAUGGAGGGGCGCGCAACAUAUGAGGAGUACCCUUACCCUGUAGUCUUCCUUCCUCCAUACGAGAACCCUCCUGCUUGGAUUCCCCUUCAAGAGCGCAUCUCCAACUCAGAUUACAACAAUGAGCUGACACGCUUCCUCCCUCGCUCCAUCCUUCUAAAGAAGCCCCCAGGGGCACAGCUUGGAUUUAACAUCAGAGGAGGAAAAGCAUCCCAGCUUGGUAUCUUUAUAUCAAAGGUCAUCCCAGACUCAGAUGCUCAUCGUGCAGGGCUCCAGGAGGGAGACCAGGUACUUACUGUCAACAAUGUGGACUUCCAGGAUAUCGAACACAGCAAGGCAGUGGAGAUCUUGAAAACUGCCAGGGAAAUCUAUAUGCAAGUCCGUUACUUCCCAUACAAUUACCAGAGACAGAAAGAACGAACUGUUCACUAGUGUCGUAUGUUCCUCUACCUCUGCCCUCCAAAUGAUUGCUAAAAGAGAACUUAACCCCCCAGAUCUGGCUCCUGGAAUCAUGGGUCUGUCACCAUUGGGCAUGCUUCUGUAACAUACUAUCUUAUGCUGUUUAGCACAGUGUUUGAUAAUCUGUAUGGCACACCAUUAAACUUUUAAUUGACACUAUAA